ACACGGUAGAAUCAUACUUCGAAUCUCACACACACACAGUCUCUCAGCCCAACUGUCUUCUCUUUUUCAGUGAGUCAGCCCAUCCCUCUCCCGUGAAAGCGGCAUUCCUUUUCUCUUUCUUCACUCUCUCACAAAGACACUUUCUCUCACUAACGAUAUCACAUUUUUCUCUCCACCAUACAUACCCUCGAUAUCGUUUCUUUUGCCCCCAAAAAAUCUCUUGUAGAAUGUGAUAUCAAUUUUGUUUCUUCGACUCUUUUUUGUUUAUUCGAAACUAACGAAACCCCACUUUCAGAUUCCCCUAUUCUCUCUCCACAAUACGACUACUGCUCAUAAGCUAAUCAUUUUUCGUGCAAAAUUCGAUUUUCAGAAUCUUCAUCUGGGCCCGAUUCAUUUCUCGAAAAUAUGGUGAAUUUGGUAUUGUUUUCUGGGCAAAAAUCUAUGAAAUCAGUGAACGUGAGCUUCAGAAUACCUUAUUAUACCCACUGGGGCCAGAGCCUUCUUGUAUGCGGUUCGGAGCCUGUGCUUGGUUCUUGGAAUGUGAAAAAAGGAGUUUUGCUGAGCCCUUUUCACCAAGGUGAUGAGCUUAUAUGGUGUGGAAGUGUUGCUGUUCCAGCUGGGUUCGGAUGUGAAUACAGUUUCUAUGUGGUGGAUGAUGACAGAAAUGUCCUGAGAUCGGAGAUUGGGAAGAAGAGGAAACUGUGGCUACCUGAUGGGGUUCAGGAUGGGGAGGUGGUGGAGCUUCGUGAUCUUUGGCAGACUGGUUCUGAUGAUCUCCCCUUUAAAAGUGCAUUCAAAGAUGUCAUCUUUCGCAGAAGUUGGAGUUUGAAUUCAGAGAGAGCCCUUGGGAUCCUUCAAAAUAAGUUGGACCUGGAAGAUUCAGUCCUCGUUCAUUUCAAAAUUUGCUGCCCACAUAUUGAAGAUGAAACAUCGAUUUAUGUGAUUGGCAGCACGAUGAAGUUGGGCCAGUGGAAGGUUCAGGAUGGGCUUAAACUUAACUAUGCUGGUGACUCGAUUUGGCAAGCAGAUUGCGUGAUGCAGAAGGAAGAUUUUCCUAUAAAGUACAAGUACAGUAAAUACGGCAAGGCAGGAAACUUUUCUUUAGAGACUGGUCCAAAUAGGGAGCUCUUUGUUGACUUCUCAACCAGUCGACCAAGAUACAUUCUCCUUUCAGAUGGCAUGAUGAGAGAAAUGCCAUGGCGGGGUGCUGGUGUUGCGAUUCCUAUGUUCUCUGUUAGAUCAGAAGCAGAUCUAGGAGUUGGAGAGUUUCUUGACCUGAAGUUACUUGUAGACUGGGCUGUUGAGUCUGGGUUCCAUUUGGUUCAGCUUUUACCAAUCAAUGACACAUCCGUAAAUGGGAUGUGGUGGGAUUCCUAUCCGUACAGCUCUCUAUCUGUGUUUGCGUUACACCCAUUAUAUCUGAGAGUACAGUCACUUUCAGAAAAAAUUCCUGAGGAGAUCAAGCUAGAGAUUCAGAGGGCCAAAAAACAACUGGACGGCAAGAAUGUGGAUUAUGAGGCUACUUUGGCUGCAAAGCUAUCAAUUUCCAAGAAAAUCUUUGCUCUUGAGAAGGAUCUGAUACUAAAUUCGAGUUUCUUCCAGAAAUUUCUCUCUGAGAAUGAGGAUUGGUUGAAACCCUAUGCAGCAUUCUGCUUUUUGCGGGACUUUUUUGAAACAUCGGAUCACAGCCAAUGGGGUCGCUUUUCUUGUUAUUCAAGAACCAAGCUUGAGAAACUUGUCUCCAAAGACAGCUUACACUAUGAAACAAUUUUCUUUCACUAUUAUAUCCAGUUCCAUUUACAUAUACAAUUGUUGGAAGCUGCGGAGUAUGCAAGAAGGAAAGGAGUGGUGUUGAAAGGAGAUCUUCCCAUUGGUGUUGACAGAAAUAGUGUGGAUACCUGGGUCUACCCAAAUUUGUUUCGUAUGAACACUGCUACUGGUGCACCUCCAGAUUAUUUUGAUAAAAAUGGGCAGAAUUGGGGUUUCCCAACGUAUAAUUGGGAGGAAAUGUCAAAAGACAACUAUGCAUGGUGGCGUGCUCGUUUGACACAGAUGGCAAAAUACUUCACAGCUUACAGGAUAGAUCACAUAUUGGGUUUUUUUAGAAUCUGGGAGCUCCCAGAGCAUGCAAUGACAGGUCUAGUUGGGAAAUUCCGACCGUCCAUCCCUCUAAGUCAGGAAGAGCUUGAAAGGGAGGGUAUUUGGGACUUUGAUCGCUUGAGCCAUCCAUAUAUCCGGCAGGAUUUUUUAGAGGAAAAAUUUGGAGCUUCUUGGACUUUCAUAGCCUCCAACUUUAUGAAUGAAUAUCAAAAGCACCAUUAUGAGUUCAAAGAGGACUGCAACACAGAGAAAAAAAUUGCUUCAAAGCUGAAGUUGUGUGCAGAAAGGUCCUUAUUGUUGGAGAGUGAAGAUAAAAUACGGCGCAAUCUCUUUGAUCUUUUGCAGAAUAUAGUUCUCAUCCGAGAUCCAGAUGCUGCACAAAAAUUCUAUCCUCGUUUCAAUCUUGAAGAUACAUCGAGUUUCAAGGAUUUAGACGAUCACAGCAAAAAUGUUCUGAAAAGAUUAUACUACGAUUACUAUUUCCACCGGCAAGAAAGUCUAUGGCGUCAAAAUGCUCUCAGGACUCUGCCUGCCCUUUUGAACUCAUCAGACAUGCUGUCUUGUGGGGAAGAUCUAGGCCUCAUUCCUUCUUGUGUUCAUCCUGUUAUGCAAGAACUGGGAUUAAUAGGAUUACGCAUUCAACGUAUGCCAAGUGAACCUGAUUUGGAGUUUGGCAUUCCUUCCCAAUACAGCUACAUGACGGUAUGUGCUCCAUCAUGCCAUGACAGUUCAACCUUGCGUGCUUGGUGGGAAGAAGAUGAAGAAAGAAGACGUCGAUUUUUCAAAACUGUUGUCGGGUCUGACCAGUUGCCACCUAGCCAGUGUGUUCCUGAAAUUGUAAAUUUCAUCCUACGCCAGCAUGUUGAAGCUCCAUCAAUGUGGGCAAUUUUCCCCCUCCAGGAUUUGAUAGCAUUGAAAGAAGAAUACACGGCACGCCCUGCAGCAGAGGAGAUAAUCAAUGAUCCUACAAAUCCAAGGCACUAUUGGCGAUACCGUGCACACGUGACUUUGGAGUCUUUGCUGGAGGAUGCAGAACUUAAAACCGCCAUCAAAGAUCUUGUUCGCGGGAGUGGAAGGUCGUAUCCCCCUUCUGGAGAAGUCCAAGUGGGUCAAGAAAAAACCGGUGUAAUGCCAGACAAGCUGAAGGUUGCCAGUGGCCAGGAAGUGUUCUCUCUACCAGUCCACCUAAAGGGAAUUACUAAUGAAACUCUAGCAGUAUCUUAACUUCUUCUAUGCUUUUAUCAUCCAUUAUAUAACAGCUAAAGCUAUAUAGAGUUAAAUAAUUGUAUCACGGCAUAACAGUACAUUGGUUUUCGCUAAUGUCCCUGUUCAUGCUCUGAAGUAUAUUAUUUUGUUCCAACCCACGAGCAUAUCUGUAACGAAUAAAGUGAGUUCUCUCACACUUUGUUGAGCUUCCUUUAGUACAUCAUAAUUGUUGCCUUUA